CCACUUUCUUUUUGAACUUUUGUAGUUGGCACUUAGACUGUGCUGAAUCCCCCUACUAUGAUAGGUGUGACAAGAACAUGCAGGGAAGUCAUUUAAAUCUGCAUAAAGUAUUCAGAAGGAGCCAAAAGAUGCACUGAAACCCAAGGGCUGGAAUCUUUCAGUUUCCCCAGAUAUGGUAUUGUAAACCACUCCACUCUUCCUCUCUUACUUCUUUUCUAUUUACUCAAUCUCUGUGUCAUAUAUGGCUUCUCAAGUCUUACCUUUUUCUUGGAGUAUAUGUUAUAAUGUUAAGAGGAGAGAGAAUUGCUAUCGAUUGAACGACUCCUAAGUCGAUACAAAGCCAUGUGAGUAGAGUUUAAUGAAGACAUGUGCUACCGAUUGAACGACUCCUAAGUCGAUACAAAGACAUGUGCUAUCGAUUGACAACAUCUUUAUGCUCAUUUUCUGCUUAUAAUGUGCUAAUUUAAGGCCAUGCUUAAGCUGCAAGCUUAGGCCCAUUGGAUAUUUCCGUUCAGGUUCCCUACCAUUUCCGGUGUCCGAUUUCCUUGGAGCUCAUGCGCGAUCCGGUCACCGCCUCCUCCGGCCAGACGUACGACCGGGAAAGCAUCGAGUCCUGGCUGGCCACCGGGAACACCACCUGUCCCGUCACUAGAUCGCCGCUCGCCGACUUCACUCUCAUCCCUAACCACACUCUCCGCCGGCUCAUCCAGGCCUGGUGCGUCGCCAACAGGGCGUUCGGAAUCGAGCGGAUUCCCACUCCCAAGCUGCCGGCUGAACCGGGCCUGGUCCGGUCCUUGCUGAGCCAGGCGUCUUCCGAGCGGAACCAUUUCGGCGUCAGGCUCUCCGCGCUGAGGAGACUCAAGGGACUCGCGCGCGACUCGGAGAAAAACCGUUGCGUUAUUCUGGCUAGCCACGCGCGGGAAGUGCUGCUCCGUUUUCUGUUCUCGCACGCGCGGGAUCCGCCGGAUUCGGAGGAGUUCCGGUAUGAGUCGCUCGCGAUUUUGGCUGUGCUCUCACUCUCCGAGGAGGAGUCCGUUCUCGUGUCCUCCGAUCCGGUUCGAAUCGGUUACCUUGUGUCCCUGCUUUCGAAUUCUUCCAUUCAAGUCCGAAUCGACUCGGCGGCGGUGAUAGAGUCCGUUCUCGUCGGGACGAGAUCGCCGGAGCUGAGGGCUCAAAUCAGCGACGUCGACGGGAUCUUCGAAGGAAUAAUCGCGAUUCUCGACUGUCCGUUGUCGUACUCGAGAGCGUCGAAGAUCGGAGUGAAGGCUCUGCUGGCGCUGUGCCUGACGAAGCAGCACCGGCACAAGGCGGUGUCCGCCGGAGCAGUGGACGCGCUGGUAGACAGGUUGCCGGAUUUUGACGAGCGCGACGCGGAGAGGGCGCUGGCCACGGUGGAGCUCCUAUGCCGGAUUCCAUCCGGAAUCGCGGCCUUCGCGGUCCACGCAAUGACGGUGCCUCUGCUCGUGAAGAGCAUCCUGAGGAUCUCGGACAGAGCCACGGAGCACGCCGCCGGAGCUCUCCUCUCCAUAUGCUCCGACUCCGAAGCAGCACAGCGAGAGGCGGUGUCGGCCGGCGUUUUAACUCAGCUGCUCCUGCUUGUGCAGAGCGAUUGUACGGAGAGAGGGAAACGGAAAGCGCAAAUGCUGCUGAAGCUGCUGCUCCACAACCACGAUUGUUGGCCGGAGGACUUCGCCGCAAAUUCAGUGGAUUUUGGGGCUUGAUUUUGAUUGGGGGUACCUAAUUAAUUCUUUUCUAUUAG